GUUUUCAGCUUCUGAUGUUACAAACGGUGAAAUAUUGGAGCAUAGAAUUGAGGAAAAGACUUAAACCAGGGAGAUUUUUCUCUAAUUAGUUAAAAAUAUGGUUACUGAAACAGAAGACCCACCGAUAGUCAAAGUGACACCGCUACAGCAAAUGCUGGCCUCUUGUACUGGAGCAAUAUUGACAUCACUAAUGGUGACACCACUGGAUGUAGUUAAAAUUCGACUCCAAGCUCAGAGAAACCCCUUUCCCAAAGGAAAAUGCUUUAUGUACAGUAAUGGACUCAUGGAUCACAUGUGUAUCUGUGAAGAGGCAGGCAGCAAAGCAUGGUACGAGAAGCCAGGAAACUUCCGGGGAACAUUGGAUGCCUUUUUAAAAAUCAUUAGAAAUGAAGGCAUUAAAUCCCUGUGGAGUGGUCUUCCUCCUACUCUAGUGAUGGCAGUUCCUGCCACAGUUAUCUAUUUUACCUGCUAUGAUCAAUUAACUGCUCAUCUGAGAUCUAAAUUAGGAGAAAAUGAAACUCGAAUACCAAUUGUUGCUGGAAUUCUGGCCAGAUUUGGUGCAGUAAGUGUGAUAAGUCCAUUAGAAUUGAUUAGAACCAAGAUGCAGUCCAAGAAGUUUUCUUACAAGGAACUACGUCAAUUUAUCAGCCAGAAAGUAUCUGAAGAUGGUUGGGUUUCCCUCUGGAAGGGCUGGGCGCCUACUAUUCUUAGAGAUGUACCUUUCUCAGCAAUGUACUGGUAUAACUAUGAAAUUUUAAAGAAGUGGUUAUGUGAGAAAUCUGGUUUAUAUGAACCAACAUUUAUGAUCAGCUUUACUUCAGGGGCAUUGUCUGGUUCUUUUGCAGCUAUUGUAACUUUACCAUUUGAUGUGGUGAAAACACAAAAACAGACACAGCUUUGGACUUCAGAAAGUUAUAAAAUUUCUGUGCCUUUGAAUAUGUCAACUUGGGUUAUAAUGAAGAACAUUGUUGCUAAAAAUGGGCUUUCUGGAUUAUUUACAGGUCUUAUUCCUCGCUUAAUUAAAGUUGCUCCUGCGUGUGCCAUCAUGAUUAGUACAUAUGAAUUUGGAAAGGCUUUCUUCCUGAGGCAGAAUCUUCGAAGGCAGCCACUGGAAUGAUGCAUAAACCUGGAGUGUCACAGUAGCCAAAGAAGACACAGUCCUAGGUAGGGGCAUUGCCCCUGUUAUCCUCUCACAAUGAGUUUGUUUUCCUUCCCUGUAGUUUAAUUUAGUAAUACUUUAUAAUCUACCUCUAAAUCGUAAGCUUAAUUUUAAAAUAAUUUUUCUUAUUCUUAGAGUUUUUUUAGAAAGAUAAUCCAGAAAUCACAACCAUUUAGCACUUUCUUAAAGAAAAUUGUUCAUUAGCAUUGAAAACAAUCUCUUGAGAAUUUUAUAUAGUACAUUUCAGUGUAACUUGUAUGUCACCUAUAUUAUAACUUUUGAAUGGUUUGUUGAAUGAUGUAUAAAAGAAUAUUCAGGUCUUAUGCAUUAAAAUCAUGUAUAUAGAUACUGCUCAUAUUUGCCAAAUAUUACCUAUUAAUGUCUUUAACUCAGUGCAUUACACUCCCCAUUGUUACUGUUUAAGGCCUCACAUAGAUUAGUUAGUAUUUCUCUGAGUAAAUAUGUGGCUAUCUUACCUUAUGAACCAAAAUAUCUUUCGUGUAGUGCAGAUCUUACCAUUUUUGAUAAUUGAACUCCCUUAUCUGCUAUUUCUAUAAAACAAUGAGUUUUACUGAUGAGUAAAUGUUCACUCAAACUUGGCUUUGCCGUUGAAAUCUACAUUGCUUUAAACUAGUGUAAAGCAAAUAGGACACAGGAAUGGCUUCUAGCUUUUAAUCUUUUAAACUUAUAAUCUUCUUAUCAUUGUUUAUGGAUGUCAUUAGUUCAUUUCUGUGACUUUUUCUAACAAGAUAGAUACUGUUACAGGUCUAACCUCCUUAAUCUAAAAACCCACAAUCUGAAUUUUUUAACACAAGUGAGAAAUUUCAUACCUGAUAAUAGCAUAUGAAAUACAAGCAUGGAAAGUUUAUUGCACAAAAUUACCUUCAAGCUAUAGGUACAUGUGAAAAUUAAAUGCUUAAAUGAACAGACAUAUUUGGGCUGAGUGUGGCUGAAGUGGUAUAUAGCGCCUCCUAGCAUGUGUGAGGUUUUGAGUUCAAGCCACAGGACUGACAGAGAAAGGGAGGGGAAAGCUAACAUGUCUGAGGUCUUGAAUUCAAGCUCUAGAGAGAGAAAAUUCAAGCCAGAGAGAGCAAGAGCGAGCCAGAGAACGCCUAUAUUGUAAUGUCACGCAAUCAAAAUUUCCCUUGAUUUAACACUGUCUCAUAUUUAUAGGACAAAUCAAACAAAAAGCUAUUCCUUCAAAAAUUACAUAUGGCCAAGUUUUAAUUUACUUAUAACUAAAUAAAAAGAAUGUGAUUAUUCUAGGGAUAUAAACGUAGAGAUAAAGUGCUUGUCUCCCAUAUGUGAGGCCAUGAAUUCAGUCCCCAGCAACACCAAAAAAAAGAGGGAAAAAAUGAUAUCAGGAGGACAAGAGGAGAUAAUCUGUUAUGGUUUUUUAAUUUUCUCAGGAUUUAUAUUAUUAAAAAAAGCACUUUACUGUAUUCUGUGUGAUUUAUAAAAAUGUAAAGAAUUUUCCUUCCAAAAAUAGUAUGAUUUUUUUUGGUGUUAAAUUUUUCUAGUUUGUGUGGAGAAAUUAAUACCUAUUGUAUUAUACUAGUAAAACAUUUAUGUGCUUCACCAGAAAUAAUCUGUAAGGCUUAUAUGUGACCUUUGUUGUUUGUUUUCAUCCUAUGUUUAUUUACCUCAUAUUGUCAAUGUGCGUGUCCAUUCAUAAUUUUCCUAUAUAAUUUAUUAAAAUAUUUUAUGCCUACUUA